AUGCUCGUCGCAGCUCCGAGCUGCGCGCACGUCUCACCGACCGCCGCGAUCAUCUUUACCAUCCCCGACAACUGGCAGCUCGACGCGAUAUAUCUAGCUCACCUUCCUGCAUCGAACACCGGUCUUUCCGCGGAGAAGCUCACGACUUUCGAAGGGAUCGAACUGGCGGAGGCGUACAUCAGGAUAUACUACGAGCGCGCACCAAUACCUGGCACGCUCAUGGGAUCGCGCGUGUAG